AUGAAAGCCCCUAAAGUCACUUUCUUGAUCGAGGAUCACGUGCCCAUUUCUUGGUGUUUCCUUUGCCACUUUAAGUUCAGUGGUUUCAACGCUGCACUCACGCUACGCCUAUUCCGCCGCAACCUCCUUUCAUUCGCGCGGACAUCAAGCUAUGGGAAUCUGUGGAACAUCAAGAGGGAACUCAUUUGGGAGACGACCGGUAGGUCCCUUCAUACCGACAUUACCAAGGCCUCGCAAUUCCCGAACGUACAAACGUUCAUUGUCCAAAUAUUCGCGAAACGAUUCCCUUCUGGUCUCUGUUCUACAAUGCUCGAGAAUGUGGUUCAGAAGAAGGUCGUGGUAUGUGGUGACGGUGCUUGUGGAAAGACAUCGCUCUUGAAUGUCUUCACAAGAGGCUUUUUUACUUCCGUAUAUGAACCAACGGUGUUUGAGAACUACGUACACGACAUACAAGUCGACGACCAACUCGUCGAGCUAAGUCUAUGGGAUACAGCGGGCCAAGAAGAAUUCGAUCGUCUACGGUCGCUGAGUUAUGCAGAAACUCAUGUUAUAAUGAUAUGUUUCUCGGUUGACAAUCCAACAUCCCUGGAGAAUGUCGAAUCAAAGUGGCUAGACGAGAUCCUGGAGUAUUGUCCCGGCGUAAAGGUGCCGCUCAAAUGCGAUCUUCGUGAAGACCGAGCGGUGAAGGAGAGACUGAUCCGAUAUGGCACACAUCCAGUGGAGUAUGAGGAAGGGCUUGCCGUUGCCAGACGAAUACGAGCCUCAAGAUAUCUAGAAUGCAGCUCGAAGCACAAUCGGGGUGUAGCAGAAGUCUUCUACGAAGCUGCCCGCGUGUCGUUGAGUACAAGGUCAAAAGGGUCCAGUAGCGGCUGCAUAAUAAUGUAG